GCCAGAGGGACGCAACCCCACAAGCCAGCCCUUCCUGUGCUUCUCUCCCACAGGUGCCUCCAACCCCCGGUUAAUGGACAACCAGAGAAAUGCCACUAUGCCCUGCAGCUUCCUCCUUCAAGGCUUCUCCGAGUUCCCGCACCUGAGGCCCGCUCUCUUCCUGCUGCUGCUGGCGGUGCACCUGGCCACUCUGAGCGGGAACUUGCUCAUCCUGGUGGCCGUGGCCUCGGUCCCCAGCCGGCCGCCCAUGCUGCUCUUCCUGUGCCAGCUGUCAGCCAUCGAGCUCUGCUACACCCUGGUGGUGGUGCCCCGUUCCCUGGCCGAUCUGACCAUGCCGGGCCAUGGCAGGGGCAGCCCCAUCUCCUUCCUGGGCUGCGCUGUUCAGAUGCAGAUGUUCGUGGCGCUGGGUGGGGCCGAGUGCUUCCUGUUGGCCGCCAUGGCUUACGACCGCUACGUGGCCAUCUGCCACCCGCUGCGCUACGCGGCCGUAGUGACCCCUGGGCUGUGCGCUCGGCUGGCCCUCGCCUGUUGCCUCGGUGGACUGGCGGUGUCCGUGGGGCUCACAGUGGCCGUCUUCCACCUGCCCUUCUGCGGCUCCUGCCUGCUGGUGCACUUCUUUUGCGACAUCACGGCACUGCUACACCUGGCCUGCACGCGGAGCUACGUCGACGAGCUGCCACUGCUGGGCGCCUGUUUAUUGCUGCUGCUGCUGCCCUCGGUGCUCAUUCUGGCCUCCUACGCAGCCAUCGCCGUCGCCCUGAGCCGCCUGCGCUGCCCCGCAGGCAGGUGCAAGGCCGCCUCCACCUGCGCCUCGCACCUGGCGGUCACCUUCCUGCACUACGGCUGCGCCACCUUCAUGUACGCACGGCCCAAGGCCAGCUACUCCCCGCGGCUGGACCGCACGCUCGCGCUGGUCUACACCAACGUCACGCCGCUGCUGUACCCGCUCAUCUACAGCCUGCGCAACCGCGAGGUCACCGCUGCCCUUCGCAGGGUGCUGGGACCCCGACGGUCGGGCCAAGCCCCGGGCUGGUGUCUGAGGGAGCCCUGACCUCCGGCAGGGACCAGGUCAGAGUGGACAGCUCCACUCCCUAAAGUGUUCCCCUGUCAUGA